UCCCCCGCAGAUGAGAUCAGCGCUGCCUGCAGCCCGAAUCGGCAGCGCCGGAGCCGCUCGCUUUCCUCGGCUUUCCCUCUCUUUUUGGGGAGGGGGGUCCUCUUUAAGUUUGGGCUCUGAUGUCUCUCCGGCUUUUUUUCCCUUCCAAACAAUUCAGAUGGGGACCGUCCCGGGACAUUACGAAUUCUACAUUGGUGUGGGUUUGGCUAUCACCUCCAGCCUAUUUAUUGGAAGUAGUUUUAUCCUCAAGAAGAAGGGACUUCUCCGCCUGAGUGGCCGAGGGGCCGUCAGAGCAGGCCUGGGAGGUCAUGCGUAUCUGAGAGAGGGGCUAUGGUGGGGAGGAUUAAUAUCCAUGGGGAUUGGAGAAGCUGCAAAUUUUGCGGCCUAUGUUUUCGCCCCAGCCACGCUGGUUACUCCUCUAGGAGCCCUUAGCGUUUUGGUCAGUGCGGUUUUAGCCUCCUAUUUCCUGAACGAGCAGCUGAACAUCCAUGGAAAGAUCGGCUGCCUCCUGUGCGUUUUGGGAUCCACUGUGAUGGUGAUCCAUGCUCCUCAAGAGGAAACGGUGGCCAGUUUGGACUCCAUGUUGGAGAAACUGAAAGAUCCAGGAUUUCUCGUCUUUGCCGCCUGCGUGCUGGCGAGUUCGGCUCUUCUCAUCUUCGUCGCUGGACCUCGCUACGGGCAGAGGAAUGUGCUGGUGUAUAUCCUGAUCUGUUCGUCCGUCGGCUCGCUUUCCGUCGCUUGCGUCAAAGGCUUGGGCAUUGCCCUGAAAGAGCUGUUCGCUGGCAAGGCCGUCUGGAGAGAACCACUGGGCUGGAUGCUUUUCCUUAGCUUGGUGAUCUGCGUCAGCGUCCAGAUCAACUACCUGAACAAGGCCUUGGACAUCUUCAACACCUCCGUGGUCACCCCCAUCUAUUACGUCCUCUUCACCACGGCCGUUAUGACCUGCUCCGCCAUUCUGUUCAAAGAGUGGCAGCAUCUGGUCCUCAUGAACAUUGUGGGCACCAUCAGCGGCUUCCUCACCAUCGUGCUGGGCAUCUUCCUCCUGCACGCUUUCAGAGACGUCGCUUUCACGGUGGAUCUGCUGCCCGUCUCCCUGAGAUAUAAGCGGGAAGAUGUACGGGGGGCUUCGUGGAGAGAGGGAGGAGAAAAAAACCGGUCGGGGCUUCACCAGCCUCUCCUGGAUUCAGAGGACUUAGCGAAAGGGACAGAGAAAGCAGAGGAGCAAGACAGUCAAUGUUUAUGAAAGCUAAGGUUGAUUACAAAUCCUUUCAGCCAGGGGUCCCCAAACUUGGCAGCUUUAAGACUUGUGGACUUCAACUCCCAGCUUUGCUGGCUGGGGAACUCUGGGAGUUGAAGCAGUGGUGAAAUGUAAAAUUUGUUACUACCGGUUCUGGGAGUUGAAGUCCACAAGUCUUAAAGCUGCCAAGUUUGAAGGCGUCUGCUUUAAGUUCUUUCGGGAAGUUUCUAAAAUGGUUAUUACUUCUCUCCAGAGUAAUUUUUUCCCCCCGCAAUGCAGAACUAUUUGGGAAUCAUUUCUUGAACAAUGUAAGUGUUUUUAUACCAGGAGCGUACUUGGUGGUAGUCCUAUUAGAUUCAAGCUGAUAAGACUAGCAGGGCUUUCUUUCCAUGCUUCCGGAAAAGAGCAUGCCAAGUCAAGUUUUGUGUACAUGGAUGGGAUUGGUGGUGGGUGGGAUGUUAUGGAUAGCCUAAAGGGACGUGGUGGCUCAGUGGCUAAGACCCUGAGCUUGUUGAUGGAAAGAUUGGCAGUUCAGCGGUUCGAAUCCUUAGUGCCACGUAACGGGGUGAGCUCCCGUUCCUUGUCCCAGCUUCUGCCAACCUAGCAAUUCGAAAGCAGGUAAAAAAUGCCAGUAGAAAAAUAGGGACCACCUUGGGUGGGAAGGUACCAGCGUUCCGUGCGCCUUGGGCGUUGAGUCAUGCCAGCCACAUGACCACGGAGACGUGGAAUGGCUGUCGAAGCAGUUGAAGAAAGAGUAACCAUAAAGAGGGAUUAUUUAGCUCUUUAAACGAAAAAUAAGCAACAGGUCUAUUGAAAUGUGUUCCCAAUUAUUAUUUUUUUACCCUGAAGAUUCCAUUUUUCUCUCUCUUACAGCUGCUCUCUGAAUCCACUACAGCAGGGGUCUGCAAACUUGGCUCUUUUAAGACUUGUGGACUUCAACUCCCAGAGCAAAGCUGGCUGAGGAAUUCUGGGAGUUGAAGUCCACAAGUCUUAAAAGAGCCAAGUUUGCAGACCCCUGCACUACAGUAUUCUGCUGCCUUUUGAAUGUACAAAGCCUCCUCUAGGCUUUGCCUUAAGCUUUACAAAUUAUUUAAAAAUAAAAUAUUUUCUUUAUACGACUAGGAGGGAUGUUGCAAAUGUAAAAUGUGACUUUUAAAAGCGUUAUUAAAGGAGUAUUUUUCAAAUGUGU